GGCGCGCGGCGGCGGGGUCGCCCCGGGCAGAGAGCGCGGAGAGGCUGAGAGGAGACGCUGACAAGGGCCGCAUGGAGGACCCCGUGGCGCCCGGGGCCGGGAGCUCGUCUGCCAAUAGCAACGGCAACGGCGGCGGCAAAGGGAAGCAAGCGGCACCCAAGGGCCGGGAAGCGUUCAGAAGCCAGCGGCGGGAGUCGGAGGGCUCUGUGGACUGUCCCACUCUGGAAUUUGAGUAUGGAGAUGCAGAUGGGCACGCAGCAGAGUUGUCAGAAUUGUAUAGCUACACUGAAAACCUGGAAUUCACCACUAACAGGAGGUGCUUUGAAGAAGAUUUCAAGACUCAAGUGCAGGGCAAGGAGUGGCUGGAAUUGGAAGAAGAUGCCCAGAAGGCCUAUGUGAUGGGACUCCUGGACCGACUGGAGGUGGUCAGUAGGGAACGGCGACUGAAGGUGGCCCGGGCUGUUCUGUACCUCGCCCAAGGCACUUUUGGGGAAUGUGAUUCCGAGGUCGAUGUACUACACUGGUCCAGGUACAACUGCUUCCUGCUCUAUCAGAUGGGGACCUUCUCGGCCUUCUUGGAGCUGCUCCACAUGGAAAUCGACAACAGUCAGGCCUGUAGCAGUGCUCUUCGGAAACCAGCCAUCUCCAUUGCUGAUAGCACAGAGCUCAGGGUGCUGCUGAGUGUCAUGUACCUAUUGGUGGAAAAUAUUCGCCUGGAGCGAGAGACAGACUCCUGCCGUUGGAGGACUGCACGGGAGACCUUCCGCACUGAACUGAGCUUCUCCAUGCAUAAUGAGGAACCUUUUGCCCUUCUGCUUUUCUCCAUGGUUACCAAGUUCUGCAGUGGCCUGGCUCCCCACUUCCCCAUAAAGAAGGUCCUGCUUUUGCUCUGGAAAGUGGUUAUGUUUACCCUCGGUGGAUUUGAGCAUCUACAGGUUCUCAAAGUACAGAAGCGGGCAGAACUGGGACUGCCUCCACUGGCUGAAGAUAGUAUCCAGGUGGUGAAGAGCAUGCGUGCCGCUUCCCCACCCUCUUACACCCUUGACCUGGGGGAGUCUCAGCUGGCACCACCACCCUCUAAGCUGCGAGGCCGCCGUGGUUCUCGAAGGCAACUCCUCACUAAGCAGGACAGCCUGGACAUCUACAAUGAAAGAGACCUCUUUAAGACAGAGGAGCCAGCCACAGAGGAGGAAGAGGACUCUGCUGGUGAUGGAGAACGAACCUUGGAUGGAGAAUUAGACUUGCUAGAGCAAGACCCUCUGGUGCCACCUCCACCCUCACAGGCAUCCCUUUCUGCUGAGCGGGUGGCCUUUCCCAAGGGCCUACCCUGGGCCCCAAAGGUCAGACAGAAGGACAUUGAGCACUUCUUGGAGAUGAGCAGGAACAAAUUCAUCGGAUUCACUCUGGGGCAGGACACAGAUACCUUGGUUGGAUUACCCAGGCCCAUCCACGAGAGUGUGAAGACUCUAAAGCAGCACAAGUACAUCUCCAUUGCAGAUGUUCAAAUCAAGAAUGAGGAGGAUCUGGAGAAGUGCCCCAUGUCUUUGGGGGAAGAGGUGGUACCAGAAACGCCAUGUGAAAUCCUCUACCAGGGCAUGCUCUACAGCCUCCCCCAGUACAUGAUUGCUCUACUUAAGAUUCUGCUGGCUGCAGCCCCCACCUCCAAAGCUAAGACAGACUCUAUCAAUAUCCUGGCAGAUGUCCUGCCUGAGGAGAUGCCCAUCACUGUUCUCCAGAGCAUGAAGUUGGGCAUCGAUGUGAACAGACACAAGGAGAUCAUUGUAAAGAGUAUCUCUGCCCUGCUCCUGCUCCUCCUCAAACACUUCAAACUGAACCAUAUCUACCAGUUUGAAUAUGUGUCACAACAUUUGGUAUUUGCCAACUGCAUUCCAUUGAUCCUGAAGUUCUUCAAUCAAAAUAUCUUGUCGUACAUCACUGCCAAAAACAGCAUUUCGGUCCUGGAUUACCCUUGCUGUACCAUUCAGGAUUUGCCGGAGCUUACUACAGAGAGUCUGGAAGCUGGAGACAACAAUCAAUUCUGUUGGAGGAACCUCUUUUCCUGUAUCAACCUUCUGAGGUUGCUCAACAAACUGACCAAAUGGAAGCAUUCCAGAACCAUGAUGCUGGUGGUAUUCAAAUCAGCUCCAAUCUUAAAGCGGGCCCUCAAGGUCAAACAGGCCAUGCUGCAACUUUAUGUUCUGAAGCUGCUAAAAAUACAGACCAAGUACCUGGGACGCCAGUGGAGGAAAAGUAACAUGAAAACCAUGUCAGCCAUCUAUCAGAAAGUACGCCACCGCAUGAAUGAUGACUGGGCUUAUGGGAAUGACAUCGAUGCCCGGCCAUGGGACUUCCAAGCAGAAGAAUGCACCUUGAGGGCUAACAUUGAGGCUUUUAACAGCCGCCGGUAUGACAAACCCCAGGACUCUGAAUUUUCACCUGUGGAUAACUGCUUGCAGAGUGUGCUGGGGCAGAGGUUGGAUCUACCUGAGGAUUUCCACUAUUCAUAUGAGCUCUGGCUGGAGAGAGAGGUGUUUUCCCAGCCCAUCUGUUGGGAGGAGCUGCUCCAGAGUCACUGAGCUCUUAGGAAAAAAACAUCUGAUAGAUGAGGUUUGGCUCCAAUAAAUGGUGCUCUGCCUAUCCUGCCCA